AUGGCGGCCUUUGACGAUAUCAAGGUCGGCGAUCUGGUCAACGUGCCAGGGGGCAUGUACGGCACCGUCAAAUAUCUCGGAACCGUGGCGGGCAAGCCUGGUCGUUUCGCCGGUGUCGAGCUGGGUCCGGAACACGCGCAGCGAGGAAAGAACAGCGGUGACGUGGAAGGACGAAAGUACUUUGCAACUUCUGUCCCUGGCUCGGGCAUCUUUGUGCCCAUGAACAACAGCAAAUACGUCACGCGUCGUUCUGCGUCUUCAUCGGCGAACACCUUCGCCGUGCCUACCACCCCUGGACGCGCCCCGCCGAAUUUCAGCAAGUCAGUUGGCCCAAGCCCAUCGAUGGCUCGUCCUCGAAUUCGUCGACCGUCUCUCCCUCGUCCGGAAUCCCCGCGAACCUCCAUCUCUCCUCCGAAACUCAGCCUUGGUGGCCUGCGCACACCCUCCGCGGCCUCCAGGACCUCUGGCGUCAAUGGAUACCCAAGAAGUCCCGUCAAGGCACCCUCUCGACUGUCCGAUCGACCACCUUCACGAAUCAGCCUGGACGAUGACAAUGCCUCAUCGUACGGGAGGCCCUCGGACUUCCAACGACCUUCAUCUGCGGAAACACAGGAAUUGAAGGAUCAGAUCAAGAGUUUGGAGAAGCAACUACUAGACCGAGAUAAGCAACUGGAUGAGCAAGCGAAGAUGCUCGGCGAAUUCCAUAAGGCGAUGGAGGAACUAGAAGGGGCGGAUGCACUAAACAUCCGCACGCAGCUACGUGAAAGGAAUGAACGAAUUGCUCAAUUGACUGCCGAGUUUGACGGCCACCGAGCAGACUUCCGAAGUACCCUGGAUACGUUGGAGAUUGCCGCAUCCGAGACGGAGCGGGUAUAUGAACAACGUCUGGACGAGCUCAUGCAGCAAAACAAUGAAUUACAGAACCGUGGUGAAGAUGUUGAGAUUGUCGCACAGCAGCUCAAGCAGCUGGAAGAGCUGGUCUCGGAGUUGGAAGAGGGACUUGAAGAUGCAAGGCGGGGCGAAGCAGAGGCAAGGGCCGAGGUUGAAUUCCUCCGUGGCGAGGUAGAGCGGACCAAGUUGGAAUUGAAGAAAGAGCGGGAUCAAUCAGCGAGUGCUCUCAAACAUGCCCAUGCUGUGGUAGACGGCCCUCGAAGCUCACACGAGCUGGAACAGAAAGAUGAUGAGAUCCGUGGACUAAAGGCGAUUAUUCAUUCCUUGAGCCGGGGCAACCCCAACGCUGCCGGCCUAGGCGAGAACGGGUCAGCGGAAUCCCACAACGACCAGAGUGAGCAGAUUUCUCAGCUAGAGCAACGGCUGCAGGAAUUUGAGGGAACUACCCAGGUCAAGGACACUCGCAUUGAGGAACUGGAACGGGAGUUGCAGGAGCUACGUGUGGGUGGCGGUCGUAACCGCAGCUCUACGGUGACCCUCUCGCCCAAGCAACAGCACAAGUCUACAAGUUCUUCGGGCAACAUCACCGUGAACCAUAACAUUAACCACGCCCACCGUCUCUCUGACCGUACCGUGGUCCCAAAUGACUGGCAUGAUAUGCCGGCCAACGAGCAGCGGCAGCACCACCGCGGCUUCUCCAACUCCUCCCAGCCACGACUGGAGCCCACCCCCGAGUCCGAGCGUUCUUCUGAUGACGAUUCCUUGUGGUGUGAGAUUUGUGAGACGGGCGGCCAUGACAUUCUGAACUGCACCAGCAUGUUUGGUUCUGGUAACUCUGCAGCCAAGAAGGAGCAGGCCCCUGAGGCGCCCGUUGAUAAGUCUACUGAAGGACGGAUUGAAGAUUAUGGGGCAUUAAAACAUUCCAACUCUGCCGAUAGCAACACGGAUAGCGCUCCCUCUCAGAAGACUGGCCGUGAUGUUGUGCUCGAGGGUCUGAAGGGCAUUGGCGGACUGGGUUCAUCCAUGGCGCCCAUCGCUGGCAAGUCUUCGGGGGUCAUCGAUGAGUCGAAGUGGUGCGCUCUCUGCGAGCGAGAUGGCCAUGAGAGUAUCGACUGUCCUUUUGAUGAAUAA